CCGUUUGAAAUCACUCCAGUCACAUAAUAAACUCAUAUACAGGAACACAGCGAUUUCUCUCUACCAUAGAAAAGGGAAAGAGAGAAAUCCCAGAGAAGCGAUCGGAGAAUUUCAGAAUCGGGAGGAGGAGGAGGAGGAGAUGGCUGGGCAGUCGAGGAAAUGGAUGAUUCUGGUGGCGACGAUCUGGAUUCAGGCGUUCACGGGGACGAACUUCGAUUUCUCGGCGUACUCGUCGGAUUUGAAAUCGGUUCUAGGGAUUUCGCAGGUCCAGCUGAAUUGCCUCGCAGUCGCUUCCGAUCUCGGAAAGGUGUUUGGAUGGUCGUCCGGCCUCGCUCUCUUGUACUUCCCGCUCUGGGCUGUGCUCUUCGCGGCGGCGCUAAUGGGAUUCGUCGGCUAUGGCGUUCAAUGGCUCGUCAUCAACGAUCUCAUCUCCUUGCCUUACAUCGUCGUGUUCUUGUGCUGCUUGUUAGCGGGUUUGAGCAUAUGUUGGUUCAACACAGUCUGCUUUGUCCUCUGUAUCAGAAACUUCCCUUCCAACAGAGCACUUGCUCUGUCCCUCACUGUGAGCUUCAAUGGCGUCAGUGCAGCUUUAUACACUCUUGCUUACAACGCCAUUGAUCCUUCCUCGACUCAACUCUACCUUCUCUUGAAUGCCCUUGUCCCUCUCCUUGUCUCCUUCAUUGCCCUUGUCCCGAUUCUAAGGCAACCACCUCUUGAGCCUCUUCCCCCUGAUGGAGUUAGACGUGAUUCUCUCAUGUUUCUAUUGCUGAAUGCCAUAGCCAUCUUGAACGGGGUUUAUCUCCUUCUCUUUGGCUCUAAUGCCUCUGAUGUUGCCACUUCUCGUCUUCUCUUUGGUGGAGCCAUUUUCCUACUGGUUUUCCCUUUGUGUAUCCCUGGUCUUGUAUAUGCCCGGUCUUGGUUUCUUCGCACCAUUCACUCCAGCUUCCGUCUCGAAGGUUCUGGGUUCGUUCUGGUCGACGUUGAUGAGCUGCAGGUCCAUAAAGGAAUGGUGACUCGUGAAUCCAGCCUCGAGGACUACCGGUUGCUGAACGAUGAAAGAGUUCCGAACACGGUCGUGGCUCAGAAGAGCAUGGAUGAAGCUGAAGAGGGUUGUUUCUGGAAGAUCAUUGCAAAAGACCAGCUGGAAAUGCUUGGAGAAGAACAUCCUCUGGGUCUGCUCGUUCGCCAGUUGGAUUUCUGGCUGUACUAUAUUGUGUAUUUCUGCGGUGGAACGAUCGGGCUCGUUUACAGCAAUAACCUGGGACAGAUUGCACAAUCCUUGGGACAGAGCUCGAACAUCACCACUCUUGUCACUCUGUAUUCAUCUUUCUCAUUCUUCGGCCGAUUGCUCUCAGCAACACCAGAUUAUAUCCGAGCGAAGGUAUAUUUCGCGAGAACCGGAUGGCUGGCCAUUGCCCUCUUACCAACACCGGUGGCCCUUUUCCUGCUGGCUUCAUCAGGACAAGCAUCAGCCUUACAAGCAGGAACAGCCCUGAUGGGUCUGAGCUCGGGAUUCAUAUUCGCCGCAGCGGUCUCGAUCACGUCAGAGCUGUUCGGACCAAACUGCGUGGGAGUAAACCACAACAUCCUCAUCACGAACAUACCGGUAGGUUCACUGGUCUAUGGUUUCUUGGCAGCAUUGGUCUAUGAUUCCCAUGGCGGGUUGAAGGUAAAGGCCGUGACUUUGGAUUCGGUCGUGUGCAUGGGGCGAGAAUGCUAUCUCCCUACGUUCGUGUGGUGGGGAAUCCUGUCGGUUCUUGGCUUAGCUUCCAGUGUCGUGUUGUUCCUCAGAACUAGACGAGCUUAUUACCGGUUCGAACAAGACCGGUUAACUUCGACUAUGCUCUAUUCAUAACUUGUUUCUUAGAGGGUUUUUGUAUAUAUAUAUACACACGCACAUUUGGAGCAGAUUGUCGUAUCGAUACAUAAAAGUUUUGAUCUUUACGCAUAUAUAGAAUGAUUUUCGACUA